AUGGGCCUUCCAUCCUUCACCAACACCUCAGCAUCCGCUCAGGACAAGCCUGAGACCACAACCACCACCUCAACUCUCCCAACACAGCAACAGCCCACCGGCGCUGGCGCAAACACCGGUGCAGGCGUCACGCGGGAGAAGACGGAAGCCGAGAAGCAAGCGGACAGGGAAUAUGAAGAGCGCAUGGAGGAGGAAUACGCCAAGCGCGAUGGUGGCUCUUAA